UCCUGUCAGUAUCAAACGUUGGUUGAGUUCAGCUUGGUUCAGAAGCAACCUUCAAGUUUUAAACACACAAACCACCCCCCCAAAACACCACAAACUAUAAACAUGAAGUGCAUCAUUGUUGCAGUCAUUGUCGCUCUGGCCGUCGCCGCCGAAGGAUACGGGGUCUCGUCGUACGCCGUUCCGCUGGCCUACUCUGUCCCGCAGACCACGGUCGUUCAGCAGAACGUUGCCCCGAAGUACGUCGUGUCGGGAUACGCCGCUCCGUAUGUGGCCUCCCCGUACGUGGCCGCCGCCCAUAGCUAUGCCGUGCCAGCGGCUGUGUCCUAUGCCAGCACCGCUGUCCAUGCCGUCCCAGCGGUGACGUAUGCUGCCCCGCACGCCACCGUGUACGCUGCUCCGGUCCAGCAGGAGGCUCGCUAUGUCGCUGCCAACCGUGGCGCCGUCCAUGAGGCUCCCCUGGCCGGACAUGCCGUCAACCAGCAGUCGCUGAACCUGGCCCCCGCCCCUGGUACUCUGUUCUUCAUUGCAAUCAUGGCUGUGGCGUUCGUCGCUGCCUCGGAGGCGUCCUACCUGCCAUACGAUGAUGUCCUGUCCUACCAGCACGGCUACGGCUAUGGACUUCCGGUGUCGAAGGUGGUCUAUGGCUCGUCGUACGGUCUCCCAGCAGCGGUGGACAAGUACUCCUACCCAUCAUCGUUGUACGGUUCCUAUCCGGCCGUGAAGAAAGUGGUCGAAUACCCGUCGGUUGCUCCAGUGCUGGCCACCAAGGUCGUUGAUAACAGCUACGAUCUGGGAUACAACAAGCUGGUCGCUCCAGUUCUGAGCAGCGGAUACGGUCUGGGAUACAACAAGCUGGUCAGCGGAUACGGUCUGGGAUACAACAAGCUGGUCGCUCCCGUCGUCGCCACCAAAGUCGUCGAUAAUGGACUGUGGAACUAUGGAGGAUACGGUCUGGGAUACAACAAGUAUCUGUCGACUGCUCCCGUUGCCAAAUACGUGUUUGUUUCCUUCUACUGGUAUAAAAGGCGUCUCUGUACUCGUAUCAAUCAGAAUCAGAACGAUCUUCGACUCGAUCGCAUACCAGCAUCCAACUCAAACCUCCAUCCAGCAAUCAUGAAGUGCAUCGCAGCUGUAGUCAUGGUGGCUCUGGCCGUCGUCGCUGAGUGCGGCCUCAUUCCGGCUCCGGUGGUGUACUCUGCUCCCCAGACGACUGUCGUCCAGCAGAAUGUGGCUCCGAAGUACGUGGUUUCGGCCCCUCUCGCGUACGCCGCUCCCGCUUACUCCUAUGCCGCUCCGUCCUUCUCCUAUGCUGCGCAAACCGUCUCCCAUGCCGUCCCAGCCGUCUCGUAUGCCCGUGUCGCCUCAGUAGCUCCAGUCGCCUACUCCGCGCCAUCGUUCUACGCUGAUUCGGAUGUGGUGGAAGCUGCUACAGUGGCCGUAGCUCCUGCUGCCACCGUCGUCGCUCAGCCUGCCGUGGCUGUUGUCGCCCAGAAGGAGGCUCGCUAUGUCGCUGCCAACCGUGGCGCCGUCCACGAGGCUCCUCUGGCCGGACAUGCCGUCAACCAGCAGUCCCUGAACCUUGAAGCUGCACCAGGAACUCUGUAAACAUAAUUUAUUAUCCAUGUACAAAAUCCAGUCGCGCUUAGAACAUAAACGAAAUAAACUUGAACAUGUUUCAAAGUGAAA